AUGUUGAUUACUCAAAAAUUUAUCAUAAAGACACUUAUGCGUUUUAAGAGAUUAAAAUGGUGCUUUUCUCUUCUUGUGCUUGUUGUGGCCCUUAUUUUCGUUUUUAUAAACACGUCUCCAUCAAUAUUAUAUCCCUCUGAAUCAACAUGUGGUUGUCGAAUCUUGAAUUUUACUUACGAACAAAUAAUUAAAAAAUCUGACUUUCACUUUCAUAAUUGCAGGAAAUCUUUCGUUCAUCAUUCAAAAUUUCAUUACGAAAAGCAUUUAUUAACCGUAAAUUGUCCAUUAACACACAGUUUAUCGAUAACUCUUUCUCCGAAUUAUAUCACUGGUCGAACUCGAGGAAACCGCACACAAACGAGCGUUGAUCAGUUGAUAAAACGUUCGCCGAAUGCUGUUCAAUUGCACUCGCGACAAGCCGAUUUGAACAACUUACUGAAGAAAAUUCGAACAAAAGAUAUCAUCGAAGUUUUGAUCCUAGAGGAUGAAUUAUUUACAGUAGCAUGUGAUAAUCAAGAACAAUUGUUCAUUCAAACUAUUAUCAAAUCGGAAGUUGAAAGCAAACUUCCGAGAAAGCGAUCGAACUUACCACCGGUAAUUCUCCUUGAAUUUGAUAGUUUGAGUCGACUGCAUUUCUACCGAAAACUGCCUGAAACCGCGAAUUUCAUUUGGAACAAUCUAUCACGACUAGCAGAUAGAUACACUGUUCUCGAUUAUCAUAGAUAUCACACGUUAGGUCGAAAUACUGAUCCGAACAUUCGCGUCAUUUUCUGCGCAAGUGGAAAAUACGGCUGGGGGAAAAAUCGCGCCUGGUUGAAAACUUGGUGGUGGAGAUGGUGUCGAAAAGAUUAUUAUAUAUUUAAUGUAUUCAAACGAAAUGGUUAUGUCACGUCAUUAGCAGUGAAUGUAUGUCAAGAUUUGAUACUAGACUAUGUCGGGAAGAGUGACGAUUUUCAUGUUGAUUACGAAAGUGUCACAUGGGCUUGUCACAAGGAAUAUGAUUUAGAUGGCCAAUGGGAUGAUUCUUUUGGACCGUAUGGUCACAAUCCACGAUGUAUUGAUGGAAAGUAUGUGCAUACUUAUUUAUUAGAUUAUAUUAAGAAUUUUGUCGAAAAACAUGAUAGAAAACCGUUUCCUUAUAUACAGUUCGCUUCGUUUACCGAAGGACACGAACGAACGAUGGAAAUUGUUGGUUUGAUGGAUCGUGAAUUGACAAGAUUACUUGAAUAUUUAACUUCUUCGAAAUUGAAACAACCGCCAAUUAUUUUUCUCUUUGGUGACCAUGGUCUUCAUUACGGUCCAACAUUCGAUCAAACAAUCGCAGGUAAAAUGGAAGCACGAUUACCUGCCUUCAUACCUAUUAUCCCUAAUCAGUAUUUAACUUCAUCAUCUAAACAAGUUCUUAUUGAAAAUCAAGAUCACUUUGUUACACAUCGAGAUUUCUACUGGACUCUGUUUAAUAUUGCAACAAACCAAUCAGAUAAACCACUCGCAACCGAUGAUAUAAGACGAACAAGUUUAUUUAAUAGAAUAUCGACAAAACGGGAUUGUAUCACCGAAGGUAUACCGAAAUCUCUUUGUGCUUGUAGUGAUGAUGGGAUUCAUUUUAAUCCUGAAUUACUCCUAGCCAAAGUAGAUUAA